UCUCAAAAUCUCAGCAAGCUGAGAAGGUCUUACGCCGUCUGGAGUUGGGUUGAGCAAUGGAGCCACACAGCAACAGCUUCGAUCGGCUAAGCGACGAUCUCUUGGGGUGCAUCUUUGAGAAACUCUUGUGGAAUCCUAAUGCAUUUGGCGUGGUGAAGGGGCGCGAACGUGUGCGGUUGGAGUCUGUCUGCAAACGGUUUCAGGAGCUUGUCCACAGGUUUGGAAGUCUGGAUUGGGAGUUCAAAGGGCCUCGGGAUGAAGACGCCUUCUUGCGAUACAUGUUCCGGCAGAGAACUUAUGCAACUCCUUUGACAAGGGUGAAUCUAGAAGUGCGCUCUUCAGUCAAUGUCAUAGCAAUCCUGCAGUCGCUCACCUUCUCAACCCAGGGGUCCCUCCAGGAGCUGCACUUGUUCGUCGGCAUUCUAAGCAUAGUCAAAUGGGAGUAUGUGUUUCUGCUCCUUACAGAAGCGCAACAGCUCCAAACCUUGGACCUUUUCCUGUGGGGAAGGGAGCAACUGUCGGUUCCUCUGCGCUUUCGUGUCCCCUGGGGCUCCAAACCCCUGCCGAAGCUGAGGGCGCUGACGCUGUAUGGGUUUGCCAUUCCUGGUUCCGAUUGUGACCAGUUCCUGCAGUCCUUUCCGUCGUUGGAAACUCUGGAGCUCCAUUCCUUUGAGGGGCAAACGUACAGCUUUGGGGUUGCGGAGCUGGACAAGGUGUUCCUGUGGGGCAAUGAGAAUGCUAGUUUUGAUCUAAGAAACUCGGCAAGGGCUAGCGUGCCAAGGAGUCUUGAAAAGGUGGUUGCCUUGAUGGAAAGUGGAAGCCUGGCAACUAGAGAAAAGGCCGUGUCUGCUCUGUUGUCCCUUUCAAACAAUGCCUUGAGUAGGAAGGCAAUAGCGGCUUUUCCUGGGAGCUUGCAGAGUUUGGUGGAGCUUAUGGACUACGGCGGCGUGCCUGCCGCUCUUGCAACUCUACAAAAGCUAGCCGACGAGCCCCAAAACACGAGGAUCAUAGCACAACUUCCAGGCUGCCUGCAGAAGCUGCUGUCUUGCCUAGAACACUACCGUCCAGACCGGCAUGAGCCUGCUGCUGCGAUGCUGGUCAAGUUUGCAUUGGUUGCAGAAGUGGGUAAAAUAAUGGCUGGUGACUCCAAAGUGUUGGACCGACUGGUGAAGCUUCUAGACUGUGGUAUGGGGAGGGCGCCUGUGCUAGCGGGGUGGGUGCUCCUGCAAUUGGCAAGUGAUGGGGACGUAAAGGCUAGUGCUGGUGAGCAGAGGUGCCUCCUAAGAUUGGUCGCUCUCUUGGAGGACGCAGGCGUUAGCAUCCGACUUGAUGCUUUGCUGAGAGUUCUGUGCAAUGACAGAGAGAUUCGUAAGUCAGUGACGUCGACGCCUACUUUCUUCAACCAGUUGGUUGGCCUUCUGGCGAGCACGAGCGCGGAGUUGCAGACUGCUGCUGCGGAGGCCCUGCACAACAUGGCGAGGGAUGAUGCGGACCGGAAGGUGAUAGUGGCCACUCCUCAGUGCCUAGAAUCCCUGCUGAAGCUCGUUGGAGAAGGGGAGGACAACGCAUCGGAGAGAGCAGCGAGGGCACUUUGGAGAUUGGCGGGGGAAGCCACGGUGUGCAGUGCGGUCGCAGCAGACCCGGGGGCGCUCCAGACGUUGGUGAGCCGCUUGAGUGGUGAAAGCAAGCCAGUGCAGCAUUCGGUUGUGGGGCUGUUGACGACUUUGGCGAGAGAUCCCACAGCCAGGCAAGCUGUGGCAAGGGCGCCGGGGUGCUUGCUUGCGCUCGUCUCUUUGAUGAAAGACAAGAGGGCUGACAUUCGGAAAAACGUCUGUGGGAUGCUAUGGCAAAUGGGGCUCCACUCCGCUACUCAAAAUGAGGUCCUCAAUGUGCCUGAGGUGGUGUCAAGGCUAGGGGAACUUAUAGGUGAGGGAGUGUCACCAGGGGUGGUCGAGGCGGCAGCGGGGGCUUUGCAAAGCUUGGCAGGGAGGACGGUGAUCAGGAAGGCCAUUGCUAGCCUGCCGGGGUGCCUGCAGAGGCUCGUCAACCUGCUGGGAGUUGCGGGCCGCACAGCAAGACUCGCCGCUUACGUGUUUGUGCAACUCGUCGUGGACGCUGACAUGCGCAAGGUGGUCAUUGAGUUGCCGGAGGCUUUGGAGAAGCUUGUGGGGCUUCUGAGCGUCGGCGGGGCGAAGGGGGCACACGAGCCGGCGGCGCGGGCAUUGCACAGCUUGGCAAGGACUCCUGAGUGUCGAGUUGCCAUAGCUGCGGCGCCAGGCUGCCUGGGGAAGCUGGUUGGAUUCCUUUCAAGCAGAGAGAAGCACGUUCAGCGUGAGGCAGAAAAGCUUUUGCAAAGCCUCUUGCUCGAGCCCGAGGUCAGACUGGCGGCAAGUAAAGUACCGGGAAUGCGUGAACGGUUAGUGAGUCUUGUGGGGCGGGGAUGGGGAAGCGCGCCGGAGGGGGCCGCGGGAGUUCUGUGGCAACUAGCGGCGCACGACGCUCAAGUUCGGACGAAAGCUGCGGCGGACGCAAAGGUGGUCGAAGAUGUGGCAAGCCAUCCGGAAGACGCGAGCGCAGGGUUGCAGAAGGUGAAGGGGGAGGGCGGAGACGACGGCGCAGUGAUACGGAAGUUGACGGAUGGAGAGGGUGGGGACCGGAGCGCAGCAAUGCAGAGAUUGGCAGGGGGGGAGGGCGGGAGUGGCGCAGGUGCCAGAGAAGAGAAGGGCUUCUUGGAGGCGCUGACAACGUUUCUGCAGGCUGGCAGCAAAGAUGUGCGAAAAAGCAUUGCAAAGGCGCUCUGGGAGACAGGGAACCACGCCGCCGCCGUGCGUAAGGCCGCUCUUCAAGUGCCGAAUCUGCUCCCAGCGCUGGUGGACCUUCUCAGCGAGGGGAACGCGGUCCCGGUGAAAGAAGCCGCGGCGGGGGCUCUGCAGAGCAUAGCGCAAGAUGCGGAGGCACGCAGCGCUGUAGCGGGCACACCGGGGUGCCUGCAGCAGCUGGGUGAGUUGUUGGAGAGCAGCGAGGGGCGCGUGAGCGAGCUGGCGGCGUGUGCGGUCUCUCAGCUGGCGGCCGAUGAGAAAUGGCGCAAGACGGUCGUGGAGUUGCCUGGGGCGGUGGAAAAGCUGGUGGACUUGUUAAAUGCGGAGGUCCCCGCCGGGCCGCACAAACAUGCGGCGAACGCGUUGCGCAGCUUGGUGUGGGACGGCGAGUGCCGACUCGUGCUAGCGGCCAUGCCACAGUGCCUCGCAAAGUUGGUUAGUCUGCUCGGGGCCGAGAAGGAGCACGUGCAGAGUGAGGCGGCACAGGUGUUGUUCGGCUUGACGAUCGUUCCAGAACCCCGGGCGGUUGUCUGGAAGUUGUCGGGCAUUUUGGAGCGGCUCGUCAGCCUUCUCGGCAGCAGUAGCACCGCCGUCCAAGCAUGGGCUGCCAGGGUACUGCAGAACCUGGCGCUCGACGACGAGUCCCGAAGGGAGAUUGCGAGGGCGCCUGGGUGCCUGGACAAGCUCUUUGCGCUCCUCGAGUCUAAGUGCCUCCGCGCAGCCAAACAGAGUGUGAUGGCCCUUUGGAACUUGAUGGGGGACGAUGAGGAGGAGGACGACGAGACCCGGGCCCUCGUCUUUGGAAAGCCAGGCCUCCUCGGGAAGGUGCUGGCGGGCGAGGACCCGGAGUACCCCACGUGGCUACUGAUCGACCUUGCCGAAGACGCGGGGAUCCGGGCAGAGAUCGCCGUGCUGCCAGGGGCCCUGCAGAAGCUGGUGGAGCUUCUGACGCAGCCCUUCCUCCGGGAAGUGGCGCUGGAGGCCUUGAAGAAGUUUGCUGCUGACGCGGAGCUCGGGAAGGCGAUUGCUGCGAUGCCGGACUGUGUCCCAAGGCUGCAGACCUUAGCGGGUCUGCCGGAGACGGAGAUUCACAAGGAGGAGGAUCCCGGUCUCAGAAAAGGUGCUGCCAAAGUCCUCAAACUUCUGGGGGUGGAAGCGGUGGCGCCUUCGGGCGGGGCUGCGGCGGGGACGAAGGGAGCCGAGAGCGUCGAGGGUGCCAGUCCAAGUGCGGAGAGAGCCGGAUGUGGGGAGGGAGAAGGAAGCGGGGCGAGAGAAGGGAAUGGGGAAAAAUCUGGAAGCGAGGAGAGAGCCGGAAGUGCUGAGAAGGCAGAAAGUGGAGCUGGAACUGCGGAGAAGGCCGGAAGCGCCGAAGAGGUUGGAAGCGCGGAGAGAGCGGGAGCAAGGAGGCGGAGCCGGAGCAACUUCAUUGAGUGGCUUGGUGGACGGACGGGGGCUGCCAAAGUCGUGAGUCCGCGGCCAUUCAUUCCCCACCUGCGCUAA